AUGCAAGAUAUCCGCCUAUUCAACCACACGGAGCCGUUACAAGUUACCUUUAGCGCGUAUCCCGAUAUCAUGUCUCCCUGUAUACACGACGAUCCGCACGUCGACUCCGAGCGCGCCCACAACGACACCUCGCCAGCGUGCCUUCCUAUCGAGCUCCAACUCGAUAUCAUCGAGCAGCGCAUCCUCGACGGACCAGAUGCUGCCCACCAGAUCUCUCAAGUGUGCCAGCUCUUCCGCCAUAUCGCGUUGCCGUUUUUCGUUCGGACGCUUUCGCCUGUAGAGCAAGCGAGGCAGCUCGUCAGUCUUCCCGAGCACCUGCUGCCAUAUGUCCAAAACGUCUGGAUGGAGGACGGCCGCAAGUCGGCCUACCCCCUCCUCAGCACAUCCUGGAUCUGGGAAUCCGUCCCCAACCUUGCCAUACGCACGUCGAGCCUGUACGCGAGGAUGCGACUGGAUCCCAUGCGGCCCAUUCUGUGUACGAAGCUCACGCUACUGCCGUCAGACGAGAACCAUUACAGGGGAUUACAAAUUGCGAUAUCUCACUGCUUCUUAACACAACCCUUCUACCUGACCAACCUCACCCAUCUGCAAUGGUGUGCGACAAGGCACACGCCGGCGUUGCCGCGGCUUCUGCUUGCUGCCCCGUGCCUUACUCACGUCGCGCUGCCUUUCAGACCGUCGCUCCCUUAUGCGACGCAUAUUGUCUUGAGGUCAGCGUUGGUGCUUGUCCCAAAGAAACAACUGAUGGUCGUCAUCGUGCUUGAACUGUCUUUGCUGAUGGCAAGAGGUCUCGGAGGGCUGAUCGCUGAAGUUGAGAACUGUAGGAAACUGGACGAGCGGCUGUAUCUCGCGCCCGGCGCGGUGGAAUGCGACCACAUGCGCAAGGAGUGGGAGCAGCUUAUCGACGGCGGGGAGGAUGUUUGGCAGAGGGCCGCGAGGCUCCGGAAGGCGGUAUUGGCUGGGGAUGUGGAACAGCUUAGACGAGAGUACCCCUUCUCACAGGAGAACACAGCCUGA